AUCCUCGCGCUGUGAUUGGCCGGCCUUGCGCGUUGACUGACAGGUUUCCUCCCCGCUUUCUCCAGACCCUCUGAUUAUUGACACUUCACCCAAAGCCUCGCUCACUGCCUCCUCGCUUGCACACGCUCGCGGAUAACCGACAAGCAUUGGACUGGUGCUCACCCAACCUCGCGCUCCGAUGUCAACCCAAAAAGUACCCGUAAACUCAACGCCUUCAUAACGGCGGGACAGAGCGCAGAGCUGGGUCGUGGAUUCCUAUUGGGCUGGUGACGUUUCUCCUUCCUCUUCUUUCUACGACUCAUCUUCUUCUUAAAAGUUGUGAAGUCCCUCACUCACGUUCGCUCGCGCUCGGAAGACGGUUAGAAAUGGCCGAGAAGCGACGCUCGCCAUGCACGCUGAGCGUCAAAGCGCACGCGUUCUCCGUCGAGGCGCUGAUCGGCGCGGAGAAAAGGCGUAAGAUCGAGGAGGGCACCCUGAAGUGCUUCGAGGACGGCGCCGAUGCGCCCGAGGACACCGGGAGCGCGGGGACGCGGCCUGAGAGCACGAGCCUCAGCGACCGGGGCAGCGAGAUAGAGUGCGCGAGCGACUGCUCACCGGAGAGCGGAGAGGAUCUGCGGUCAGAUAGCCCGCUGCCAGAGGGUCUCUGCGCGCCGCCGGUGAUCGCGUCCCCGCUGCCCGGAGACGAGAUGCGCGUGGACCUACAAGGCUCGGACCUGUGGAAACGGUUCCACGAAAUCGGAACCGAAAUGAUAAUCACCAAGGCCGGAAGACGUAUGUUCCCCGCUAUGCGUGUGAAGAUCUCAGGUUUGGACCCGCACCAACAGUACUUCAUCGCUAUGGACAUCAUACCCGUGGACAACAAACGCUACAGGUACGUGUACCACAGCUCCAAGUGGAUGGUGGCGGGGAACGCGGACUCCCCGGUGCCCCCGCGGGUCUACAUCCACCCGGACUCCCCUGCGUCGGGGGAGACGUGGAUGCGCCAGGUGGUCAGCUUCGACAAACUUAAGCUGACCAAUAACGAACUGGAUGACCAAGGACACAUUAUACUGCACUCCAUGCAUAAAUACCAGCCGCGCGUGCACGUGAUCCGCAAGGAGUGCGGAGAGGAGCUGUCCCCUGUGAGGUCCGUGCCGCUGGGCGAGGGCACGAGGACCUUCUCCUUCGCCGAGACGGUGUUCACCACAGUCACCGCCUACCAGAACCAGCAGAUAACGAGGUUGAAAAUUGACAGAAAUCCUUUUGCCAAAGGAUUCAGAGACUCUGGCAGGAACCGGAUGGGCUUGGAGGCCUUGGUCGAGUCUUACGCCUUCUGGCGGCCGUCCCUGCGGACGCUCACGUUCGACGACAUCCCCGGCGGGGCCAAGCAAGGAGUCCCGGGGCAUCACGGAGGCCUGGGAGCGUCGUCCCACCUGCUCUCGUCCUCCCCGUGCUCCUCCCCUUUCCAGAUGUGCCCGCUAAGCCCGCCCGACUACGCCUGCAGCCGGCCGUCGCACCCUCUCCAUCGCUACGGCAACCCAACCGAGCACUUCCCGCAUCCAAGAGGCCCGUCGGCCUAUGAGGGAGAAGGGUUCUGUUCCCUGCCGCUCCCCGCCUCGCAGAUCGGCUACCUGCCCAACCACGCCCCUCAGGGCUACGCCGGACUCCGCCUCCACACGCCGCCCUACAGUCUCUACGGUUACGCCUUCCCCCCCUCCCCCCGCCUCGCCACCAGCCCCGAGAAAAUGGCCGCCGCCGCCGCAGCAGCCAGUCAUCAGAACUCAUUCCUUGGCUCCUCCCCCAGUGGAACUCUGACGGACAGUCUGGGCAUGCUCAGUGGGGGACAGCAGGGCUUCCUGUUCGACACCCGGACCUUAGCAUUGGCUAACGGCCAGCAAGGGGGCGGGUCCUCGCAGGUGCCUGCACACAUGGGGUGAGCUGGACUCUGGUCUCCGGAAACCAACCAGGGUUUGUCUUAGAAAAAGCGAGAUCUUUGUCGGACGCAAAAAACGCUUCCACAAACGUUUCCGCCGUGUUCCUCAACAAUGGAUGGAUAGAAGAAAAAAAGCAGGAGGAAAAGAGGAUGAAAGCUCCGUCGCAUUGUUCCGGGCGAGGCCGCAGACUAUAUAUCAGCCGCCUGCCAUGGGAAUAUUUUUAACUUGUUGUUGUUUUUUUCUUUACAAUUAUUCUGUGGGACCGAAAGCGUUUUGGACACAGCUGUGAGGAGCUGUGGUUUUGGGACGAGGCCCCUUCGAAUAACAUAACCUAGCAACUGAACUGAAACAGAGCGAGGGAUCGGAGCCACGCACACAGGGCCGAGGCCGAGGACAGGCUGACCCGGGGUCCGUGGAGCAGCGUGAGCAGCGUCAGCCGCCCCC